UAGAUUUGUGGAAGAUAAGCAUAUAUUACCAAAUACGCAUACUAAUUUGCUACAUGGUUUAUAGUUUGGAUUGUUAACUAUGUAUUUCCUACACCUUGUCUGUGUUCUCGCGAUUUCUCCUGUUGUUGAUUGUUUUCUCAUUCACGAUGAAGGAAGGAAUUCAGUAGUUGAGACAAUUGGACCUACAAAUCUGGAUUUAUGGGGACCCUGGGGUCGUGUACAGUAUUGUGCCGAGGGUACUUAUGCUGCCGGAUAUGAAAUGAAGAUUGAGCCAAAGCAAGGAAAUCAUGGUGACGAUACGGCGCUUAACGCAAUUAAGCUUGUGUGUUUGUCGGUAGAAGGAAAACACUUUGGUGGAACAAUCACUUCAACAGUUGGACAGUUUGGAGACUGGGGUGGGGAAAUUAUGUGUCCUGAUAAUACGUUUCUGAAAGAGUUUGCGUUACAAGUUGAAGAGGACCAGCAUCAUGGGGACGACACGGCUGCGAAUUACAUUAAGUUCAAAUGUGGACGUAUGGAUUCUGAGAGAUCUAGCUACGAACUUGCAAAUGCACCAGGACAUGGGUUCUGGGGAGUAAUGGGUGCAUGGAGUAGGGCAUGUCCUACAAACUCUGCAAUAUGCGGCAUACAGACUAGAGUGGAAGAAUAUCAACAUCACGGAGACGACACUUCUCUUAAUGACGUCAAAGUUUUCUGUUGCAAAAAUGAUUCUGGAAAUGCAAUAAAUAAAAUCUCACACGAUCUCACACGUUUAUUUAUUUCUUGCUUAUGUUAA